CUGUUUCGUCUCAAGUCUGGAUUUGUUUACAUAUUUUUUGGUUUAUAAGAUGCGUUCAAUUUAAUAAUGUCGAAAUUGAGAGUACAGCAAUACAUGGAUAAACACAAACUAACGUCCCUUUUUGAGGAUUUGAUGACAAAGGUGGUCCAUGAGCAGCCAGAUGACCCUGUUGUGUACAUGAUCCGGUGCCUCUACAGGAAGGCGGGCAUCCCGGUCCCCAAGGAAUUGAAAACAGGGGCAGCUGAAAAGAGAUCCCCAGAGAGAGCAGCCCGCAGAACUCGAAGUCCUGACAAGGCUGUGUCCCAAUCCUGGGCAGUGGCCAGCAGCCCGGAUCUGGUUGAUAGAUCGUAUGAGAAGCCGUGGCUGAGUCAGGCUAGGAAGGGCAAACAACAACGCGGGGAGGAGGGAGCUGACACCAAACAUAGACCUGUACGCAAAACUAAGCCUGGUUGGUCAGCAGAUACCAAGGUCACAGCGACAACUUUUGAUGACCUUUUCGAAGAUGAAGGUCAAGGUCAGAGUUUGAAAGGUCAGACUGGGGUCAGGAGUCAGAAGCUACAGAGAGAAGACAGCGCCCCCGUGAUCACAAAAGCAUGGGCAAAACAUGUUGAUCUUGAGGACAGUGAGGACCCUAACUACCGUAGCCGUGGUUACUCAGGCCCCCGUUGUCAAAGGGAUGAGGAUGACCCACUGGCAGGGGAGAUAAUGCUGGCCAAAGAAGAGGAGUCAGGGGAGGAAACUACAGCAAGCACUACUAAAUCCAAGGGAUCUAAACUAGAGGCUGAAAAACACCGUCAAGACCUGGAGAAGUUUCUUCAGGAAUCAGAUCAGAGAUCGGUCGACUCCGGGUUUGACGGUGAAAGGCAGGAUCAGGAACAGGAUGAUGCAAUUGAACUCCUUGAGGACCCUGAAGAUCUGAUGAGAGAGGGGGUCACCAACAUCCCCAAGUCUGGAUACAAGCUCAGCAAGAUUCUGCGAGAAAGGAAGGAAGAGACAAAUGUGAAGCUCAACAUCAAUCUUUUUUCUGGUAGUGAAACUCCAUAUAAUAGAAGUGCUCAACCCCGUGGCUUUACUGAAGAUUACUACGAGUCUGACCUAGAACGUCCACCUACAGGGAUGUCAAUGCAGUCCAACAGAUAUUCCCAGUUCUCACCAGACGAAACUGACGAGGAAUUUGAAAGCGUUUCACAAGUUGUUGGCCCUAGGGCGCCAGUAUGGUCAGUGCCAGACUCUGAUGGGGAAACUCAGCGACAGGACGUUCCAACACGGAAACAAAGACAGGGCAAGCUGAGCUCCACCGUCCCGGUGCGUUUUGAUGAAAGCGUGGGCAAAAACUCCCCGCCAGAUGAAAACAUUUUCCUGCAGGGUGAAAGCAAAACCUGGGCCCCAGGGAGCCAGAGACCACCUAUUGUACCGGUCCGAGGGUCCUCCCCAACAACUGCUGUAAGAGACUCGGCAAGAGACACUAUGAGAGACUCUGUGAGGUCGUUGAAGUCCCAGGAUGACACAAAGUAUGGCUGGAACAUUCCUGACGGCACUGAGGUUUCCGCUGUCACAGACUGGACGGAUGCCACAAGUGCAAGACCCGAUCAAGGGCCUAAAGCCUAUUAAGAAGAGCCAUGUUGAUCUGGAAGAUCUGCAAUUUCCUAUCUUGAUGUACCACAUUCCGUCCAUGUGUUUUUGUCUGUAUACUGUAUUUAUUUAUAUUGCAACUCAUAUGUGCAUAUGAUUGUAGCUGGAAGGUUUAUGAUCUAGGACUUUAUAUUUUAGAUUCUUUAAUUUAUUAAGUAAAUUAGCCAAUGGGUGACAUAGUUUUUAUAUUCAAUGUAAUUAUUACUUUUGGUCAUUGUUUAUACAUUUAUGUAUAAUUUUAAGGCCACAAUUGAAAAGUUGCAUAUUGGUUUGCAUAUUUUGGUAGGUCAGUUGGAUGAUUGGGUCUUUGUCAGCUCAAUAUCUAAGAAGGGUUUGAUUUUAGGACAGUAGACUUGACCAGUAGAUGACCUCCAUAAUGUUGCUUUUUAUGUCAGUAGGUAAAAGGUCACAGUCAACAGUCUUAGGAAAACUUUGUCCGUAAAAUAAUUUGAGAAUGGUUUGACCUAGAACCAAUAAACCUGAGUGGAAGAUAUGACCCCUUUUUGAGUUGGGCUGUCAGUUUAUAAUUGGUCAAGUUCACAGUCAAAAGACUCCUAAAAACUUUGAAUCGCAGUUUGAAGGUUGAAAUGUUUAUCUUCACUUUAAUAAAAGAUUGUACAACCAUUAAUUAUUAUUGCAUUUCUUAUCAAAGUACAUUUAUUUCCUUGUCCACAUGUUUUUGACAACGCAGCGCUGAAAGGGCAUAAUAUUUAACAAACGUUUUUGGUUAUAUAAAAUUAAGGGAACUUUGAAUUAUUGUUUACUUUUUAAGAUGAUAUAUAUCUUCAUCUCAUUGAUUGAGAUUUCAUUGCUGUAUUAUGAAAUAUAUACAUAUCAUUGAAUAAAAGUAGGUCAUCUUUA